CCUGCAGCUCUCCAACUUGUCAAUCCCAAUCCACAAAAGAAUAUUGUAAAAAUCCAGCCAAAAAGGUUUAAAUGGUGUUCACAGCAGAAAUGAACUACUCCACUUAACAGCAGUCUGAGACCACCCCUUCGAGAUGGACCUGGGAGCGGAUGUUUGGUCCACACCAACGCAAGCGAACCGCACCAGAGGGAAGCAGCUGAAGAGCCUCCAGAGUGGCUUCAAGCAUGUUAAUUAUGAAGGUUUCCAGCUGCAGAGUAAUCAUCUGACCAUGGACCUAGACAACAACAUCAACAUCAAUAUGCCGUCCAUUGAGACCAAAGUGUUGAUCAUCCAGCGGGCCUGGCGUGACUUCCUCCAGAGACAGGAUGUGGAGAAGAGGAGCCCCUCCCCACCGUCUCUCUCCUCCUCUGACAAGAUGAGCAUGUCGAUCAGCAUGACAACCCUGUCAGAUGGCAGCACCCCACAACAGCACACUGAGAACUGAAAUCAGUGGAACAGUCAUUCUCAUUCAGCUCUUCUUCCCUUCAUUUAACCAGACCACAAUAAAUCCCCAGGACUUUC